AUGUCAAAAUUUUACGAGUCAUAUGGAGAAAUGGAGCCUACUACACCUAAUAUCAUGAGGCUUACCAGUUCACCAAGCUCUGCAUCUGUUGCCUCGAGAUUAUAUUUUAAUGGACAACGCAGUUCCAGGCGGACUAGUUUUGGAAGUGAACCUGAACUAAUGAAUUUUAGUGAUAGCGAAUAUCAAACUGAAAUAAAUGAUAUUUCAAGUCAGAUUUCAACACUUGGUAGAAGGGUAACUGAGAUGGAAGAUUUACAAACAGCUACCAAUGAAGAAAAUGCUAGACUAAAGACAGAGAACGCUGUUAUGUGUCAAAGAGUUCACAUACUAGAGGAACAAUUAACACAAUGUGAAAUAAGAUGGAAAGAGAAACUUGAUGAUGAAAUAAUACGAUCUAAAGAUACUUUAAAGAGAUGUGAAAUUGAGAAGCAAUUAGAAUUAGAACGUUGUACAUCAGAUAUUCGAAUUUUAGAAAAAGAUCUUUCUUAUGCUAAAAAAGAAAAAUCAAAAAUUGAGGAAGAAGUUAAAAAAUUAGAAAAACAAUUAACUGAUAUGUCAAAGAAAUUUGAUGAACUUCAAUUUCAUUGUGAAACAUUAGAAGAUGAAAAAAAAGAUAUUUCUAAUCAAUUCCAAAAAUAUAAAAAUGAGAAACGUAAUGAUAUGUUAAAUAAUUCUGAGAUAAUGGAUGAAUUAACUCGUGAAAAUGAAGAAUUAAAACAACAAUCAAAUGGAAUUCAAAGACAUGGUUCUAUUUUUAAUCAAAUUUCAAUGUUAGAAGAGGAGAAUGUUGAAUUAAAAAAUGAGAUAAGGCGUUUAGUUCAACAAAAUGAAGACUUACAGGCUGAAUUACUUCAUGACUCUGUUGUUAAAGGUAGACAUUUACUAGAAGAUAAUAUUGCUUCAUUAGCUGAUGAGUUAAGUGGUAAAGAUACAACAGAAGUAAUGAAAGCACUUAAAGAACAAGAAAUAUGCAAUCAACAAUUACGUACUUAUAUUAAUGGUAUAUUGAUGAGAGUAAUUGAAAUUCAUCCUGAAAUAUUAGAAAUUAAAGAUGAAGAAUUAUCUUCAAAUAAGAAAAAAUUAUCUGAAUCAUCAUCACCAUCCAGUUGA